AUGGGAAAUUCCACAUCCAACUUCAGGAUUCCAAUAACUUUUUCCACAGAUAAAAAUUCUCUCAAACGCAGCAGCUCGAUUAUAUCCAGCUUCGCCCAUAUUGAAAAAGAAUCAAUCUCCUUGAAAUAUGAAGACGAGAAAUAUUACUUAGAUUUCAGGUACAGUGCCAGGGUAAGAUCUACUAUUCAAAUCUUUCUCUGUGCUCACCACUCAGAAUUCUGUAAUAUUCAGCCUGACAUUCCAAUAAUUGCUUUAACAAUUCAAGAAGGAAUGUCUCAAUGCUUCCCGUCAGAUGUAUCCACAUUAUCUUUAUCAGAAUAUGGAGAAGAAGAGCUUACUAAAUAUUCUUCCUCAUAUACCCCUUUAAUAAUCCAAAUCAUUCCAUUUUCAUCAAAUCAACAAAUUCAGCAACUGCAUACAUCUUAUCUUUCAUUUGUAAAAGAAAAUGGUCGCUUCUCAGUAAAGCUACUAAGGCAGCAUUUAAAAAUAGGAUACGAAGUAUAUGAAUUAGUUGAAAUUUAUGGAAAUUAUUUGGGAGAAAAAUGCUCUGUUUGCUUGAGUAGCAAGAGGGACACUCUUGUUUUCCCCUGCAAACACUUGUGCUUGUGCUCAAGAUGCGCAGUUAAUUUGAAAAUGCAAGCCGUCAGAAAAUGCCCGAUUUGUAGAACACGUAAUUUUUAUUUAGCGCUUGAAUCAUUUUUGAAGAUUUCUAAAUAA